AUGCUGACCAAAGACCAGUUUGUUCAGGGGCUAGAGCCACUCAGAUGUGGUAUCUGUCUGGACGACUACAGUACCGAGCACGUCCCUGUGCAACUUCCGUGUGGCCACAUCUUCGGAGACCACUGCAUCGUCAAGCAAGUCGAGGCUGAAAUGCCCAACAACAAUCGAUGUCCACUAUGCCGCCAAGAGCUUUUCCACCAGGAAGAUACACAUGUAUACGUCAGCGACGAGUCGGAGUUUGACGAUGCCGAUGACGAAAACGAGGAGGACGAAUGGGAAUUCGAUGAAGAGAGAUAUCAGGAGACCCUUGCUGGCCUUCUUCAUGACAGUGAGCCAGGUAUGGCACACUUCGCCUCCUCAGAUCUGGAGAUGCUUACGGACUCAGGGGAAGAGACAUAUGGCCUAGCACCCAGUGCACUUCACGCUGAGACCAUCGCCACGACAAGGAGGGAGCGCCUCAAUCGCCAGCGGGAGUUCAGAGUGCAUGCUGGGCGGGGGCGGGAUGGGGGCAGGGCAACCGUCCCGAAGCUACCCGGACGUACACGCACCUACAAUCAGAUUGAAGCAUCUGAUGUAGAAACGGAUGCAGACUGGUCCGGAUCUGAGUACGAGCCAGAGGAGGACAACGACCCAGCCGAUGAAUGUGAGGAGUAA